AUGUCAGUGCUGGAUUUUUCUACGGAGGGCAUGGGAGCGUUAAAAAUCCAAGAUGACGGUAUUCGAGUGGAGGGCCGGGCGCAGUUUGACAAGCCGGUCACAUUCUCACAUCUUAGCACUGAUAAGGAUGAAGCGCUCGUGAUAGACUCAUUCCGUGGAAUUCACAUGCAAGCACGAAAUUCCAGUGGUCAAGUCACGGCUCGCUUGUCUCUCACCGAAGACGGAAAGACACAAGCGAUUUGCAAUCGAUUUGAGGUAUUUGAUCCGGACAAUCGAUUACUGUUUUUCGCAGAUUCACAGGAGAUUGGUCUCAAACUGGAGAAUCUACGAAUCUUAGAUGAGGGUGGGAGUGUAUUUGAGGGCGCUAUACAGACAUCACUUGUACGACCUGAGCCAGACACUCCUUUGAGGCUAGAGUCUCCAACACGAAGUAUUUCCGUCGAUGCAGCACAGGACAUUGAGUUGAUGGCUGCCGCUGGUGAAGUUCGAAUCAACACGCUCCUUGACAUCGGGAUAUCAUCGAAACAGGUCAGUGAACAUGUUGUCAGAUAUCUAAUCGAGUUACUUACUCUUCGGAGAGGACACAUGGCUGGUCGCGGCGAAUCUCUGUAG